ACACUUCGGAAUUUUGUUUUUGUUGACACGACUCCUGUCACUAUAUCCGUGUCAUUCAAAAUUUCAGUGAAAAUGAAAUAAACCAUUGUAGCUUAUAGUGACAUGAUUUGGUCUUACAAGUUAUGUCUACUCCCCAAAAAACCAACAGUCCAGUAAUCACCACUCAAGUGGUAACAGGCCAGCCGAUAAUCAAAGAGGGCAAAAAGCAAACCGUUCUUGAGUCUCAUGGCUACAUUCUGGGCAAAACGAUCGGCUCCGGCUCGUACGCCACGGUGCGGAUGGCCCACAGCGAGCGGCACAACAUGAACGUCGCCGUCAAAAUCGUAAGCAAAUUUUCAGCACCGGCAGACUACUUGAAGAAAUUUCUACCGAGAGAGAUUGAGGUGGUGAAAGGACUCAAACACCCCAACUUGAUCCGGUUCUUGCAAGCCAUCGAAACGACCCACAGAGUGUAUAUCAUAAUGGAAUAUGCCGAAAACGGGAGUCUUUUGGAAAUAAUCCGCAAGGAUUCGUAUAUUGACGAAAUCCGGUCGCGGAAGUGGUUCCGGCAGUUGGUCGAUGCUGUGGACUACUGCCACGAGCGAGGCGUGGUCCACAGAGACAUCAAGUGCGAAAAUCUGCUCCUCAAUUUUGAAUAUGAGAUAAAACUUUCGGAUUUUGGCUUCGCCAGGGGCCAUAUGAAGAUCAAAAACGGGCAAGCGCCCUUGAGCGAGACCUUCUGCGGGAGCUACGCUUACGCCUCCCCCGAAAUUCUGAAGGGCAUCCCCUACCAGCCCCAGUUUUCCGACAUCUGGUCGAUGGGGGUCGUGCUCUUCGCCAUGGUUUACGGCCGUUUGCCCUUCGAUGACACCAAUUACCGCGAUUUGGUCAAGCAAGUCACGAACAAGGUGGUUUUCCCGAAAGAACCGAAAGUGUCGCUGAUGUGCAAGGCGUUGAUAAAUAAAAUUUUAGCGCCGCUUAAAGCCAGGAUUAGGAUUCCGGGGAUCAAGACCGAUCCUUGGUACACGUACAAUACCAACGACGGGAGCCAUGGAAGCAGGGAGCGAAAUGAUCCCGAGCGAAGCGGAAACGUCAGCACUGCGUCUAUUCCGAAGGAGACUUGAGUCGGAGGUGAUAAACCAGGGAAAUUGAAUUAAGUGUCUGGUAUAAAGUCGGUUUUAUUAUCGUUUUAUAAGACUGGCUGAUUAUAAAAUAUACAAGAAUACUUACAUUACUGA